AGCCCAAACACAAGACCCCGUCUUUCGCUCUCGAGGGAGACUACUCCUCACAAGUCUGAGAGUUUGAUAUAACACACAGUACAGCAAAGCAGAGAGUGGAAAGAUAUUUCCUUCCCUCCCCUUCUCUUCUUCUUCGCUCUCACAACUCGCAACGACCCAGAAGAUGUAUGUCUCAGAGGCCCCUGCUGCAGCCAGCUUUCUUUUGAUACGACCCUUUUCCUAUACCAACAACAUCAACUACUCCAACUCUAAGGUUUCGUUUGCUGCCGCCCGGUUUCCUGCCACCACCACCACUACCACCGCCAAGUGUGGUUGCACCACCGCUAACCAGACCCCCAUUGGAGAUGAUGUGUUUUCAGUUACUUCUUCCAGCUCCAGUGACUUUGAUUACUUGGGAGAGAGCACCAAAGGAGAUUUGAACCUCAACUUGGACCAUCUUCACUCAUUGGCCAUUGAUGGCCAAUCAACAUUAGAAGGUCCCAUUGAAGAAGUAGCCUGGAUGGAGGCUGAAGAAGCUGAGAAUUUGCUUAGGGACCUCGGUAUUCCGAAUCCUUCUUCAUCCAGAUAUUCACCUCGUGGUAUAUUUUGCACUCGCACUUUGAAUCUCAGAUCAAUAAGUGCCAUUGGAUAUGAUAUGGACUAUACUUUGGUGCAUUACAAUGUCAUGGCUUGGGAAGGAAGAGCUUAUGAUUACUGUAUGGACAAUCUGAGGAAAGUGGGUUUCCCUGUUGAUGGACUUUCUUUUGACCCUGACUUGGUUAUUAGAGGCCUUGUAAUUGACAAGGAGAAAGGGAACUUGGUUAAGGCUGAUCGAUUUGGUUACGUAAAAAGGGCUAUGCAUGGCACCAAAAUGUUAUCUACUCGAGCUGUAAGUGAGAUUUAUGGGAGGGAAUUAGUGGAUCUCCGGAAGGAGAGUCGAUGGGAGUUUCUCAACACAUUGUUCUCUGUUUCAGAAGCUGUGGCAUAUAUGCAGAUGGUUGACAGACUGGAUGAUGGAACCAUAACUGCAGAACUUGGUCCACUUGACUAUAAAGGGCUUUAUAAGGCUGUUGGAAGAGCCCUCUUCAGGGCACAUGUAGAGGGUCAGCUUAAGAGUGAGAUAAUGUCCAAACCUGAACUGUUUGUGGAGCCUGAUCCGGAACUACCUUUAGCACUUUUGGAUCAAAAGGAGGCUGGUAAAAAACUUCUGCUCAUUACCAACUCAGAUUACCAUUACACAAACAAAAUGAUGCAGCAUUCUUUUGAUAGAUAUCUUCCAAACAAUAUGGGUUGGAGGGAUCUCUUUGACAUUGUAAUAGUCUCAGCCAGGAAACCGGAGUUUUUUCAAAUGGCACAACCAAUGUAUGAGGUGGUGACGGGUGAGGGUCUUAUGCGUCCAUGCUUCAAGGCUGAAACAGGGGGUUUAUACUCUGGGGGUAGCGCUCAGAUGGUUGAGAGUUCCCUAAACAUUCAUGGAGAUGAAAUAUUAUAUGUGGGUGAUCAUAUAUACACAGACGUAAGUCAAUCCAAAGUCCACCUGCGAUGGCGAACAGCAUUGAUUUGUCGAGAGCUGGAAGAAGAGUAUCGUGCCUUGAUUCGUAGCCGAGUUCAUAGAGAAUCAUUGAUAGAGCUCAUAAAUCAGAAGGAAGUUGUAGGAGAUCUUUUCAACCAACUUCGACUUGCGCUGCAAAGGCGAACUAAAGGGCGUCCUGCUCAAACUCUUGCUGCCACAAACAUGGAUGAUCAAGAUCUUACAGAAUGUAUGCAAAAGCUACUUAUAGUUAUGCAAAGACUAGACACUAAAAUCGCUACAAUGCUAGAAGCAGAUGGAGAGCUCUUCAACAAGAGGUGGGGCUUUCUUUCACGAGCAGGUUUAUGGGACAAAAGCCAUAUAAUGAGACAAAUUGAGAAGUAUGCAGAUAUAUAUACUUCUAGAGUGUCAAAUUUUUUGCACUACACACCAUUUAUGUAUUUCCGCUCUCAAGAACAGACGCUUGCCCAUGAUUCAUAUAACCAUUCUAUGUUUAAUGGGUCUGCUACCAUCGACAACCACCAAUAAAAUCACAACUAUUGUAAUGUUAGUUGUUAAGACCAUUUAUGUGGUUGUUAUUUUGGAACUAUUACAUAUUAAACUUGUAGUUAACUGCUGAAACUUGGAGUUAAACAAAGAUGCAAUAAAAUAAGAUUUUCUAAUGCCA